AUUGACUCCUCGUAUCCUCAACCAUCGUACCGUCAGCGGCGGCGGCCGGCGAUCGGGCGAUGCCUCUGGUCCUCCGCGUCCAUUACGGUUGAUUCAUCAUCUCCACUCGCCACUUUGCUAGGAGCAGGGCUAGCGCUCAACGCCUCGACGGCCUCAAGCUCUCAUCGAUCAGGCUGUCAACAUGGCUAUGCGUACAGGCAAGAUGAAGCACAAGAAGAUGAACAAAGGCAAGAUGGACAAGUAGAUGAGCCUGAACCUGUUGUAUUUCGGGGAAUUGAAUUCCUACAGCGAGAUCCAGCAUUAGCUUCGCAAAUUUGGGAGUAUCCAAGUAACCAGCAAGAUGAAGUACGACAGGCAUAUUUGAAGUUAGGGCCAAUGCAACCCAAACUGAAUAAAUAUAAGGGUUUUGGACCACAAGGACAUCAACGCCAUUUCCAGUACAAUUGGUUCAGUGAAUUUCCAUCUUCGUUGGAGUACUCGGAGAGUGGUGGCCGUGCAUAUUGUCUUCUUUGCUUCGUGUCCAGCAAAAAUAUAAAGAAAAGAAGUGGCUUUGAUGUCUUCACAGCACAAGGUUUUGACAACUAUAAGAAAGUUCAUGAUGGCAAAAAUUGUGCAUUCUUGGUUCAUAUGGGAUCUGAUCCUUACUCAACACACAACAAUGCAGUGACAGAAUGUCGUAAUCUGUUGAAUUGGCCGAAUCAUAUAAUUAACAUUAUGGUGGUGGCAAGCGAUCGAGACAAAGAAAGAAACCGUCUACGGCUGAAAACAUCAAUUGCAGAUGUAAGGUGGUUAACAUUUCAAUCUUGUUCUUUUAGAGGCCAUGAUGAGACACCUCAGUCAAAGAACAGAGGAAAUUUUAUUGAAAUGUUAAAACUUCUUGCUGAAUUUAAUCCUGAAAUUGCAAGUGUUGUGUUAGAGAAUGCUCCACAAUUUGCUAAGUACACAUCACCUGAUAUUCAAAAGGAACUCUCGAGUAUUAUUGCAAUGAAAAUCAGGAAGCAUAUCCGUGAGGAAAUCGGGUAUUCAAAGUUCUCUAUUCUUGUGGAUGAAACAUGUGAUGUUGCAAAAAGAGAACAAAUGGCACUUGUUUUCAGAUUUGUUGAUAGUGAUGGUAUUUUACAAGAACGGUUCUUUGACUUGAUACAUGUGAAGAACACCAAAGCAUUGACAUUGAAAAAGGAAUUGUCUAAUGUAUUGUCAAGCUGUGGCUUUGAUGUUCAGAACCUUCGAGGCCAGGGCUACGAUGGUGCCAGCAACAUGAAGGAAGAGUUAAAUGGAUGGCAAACACUUUUUCUCAAAUAAUGUCCUUAUGCAUAUUAUGUUCAUUGCUAUGCUGUUAGCAUCACGGGAACGGAGGUCCCCCUAGCCCUGGACAAA